CAAAAACAAACUCACUCUCCUCUUGUUCUCACAAACCAACCAGCCUCGAGAGAGAAAGAGGGGAGAGAUAGAGAUAGAGAGAGCGAGAGCGAGAGCCCAAUCCCUUCUCUCUCUCCUCUGAUCUCUCAACAUACCCCCGAUCGUUUCUCCAAUGGCGUCUCCGUCGUCGUCGACGUCACCAUCAACGUCAAUGGAGAUGGAGGAAGAUUCAUUCGAGGACGCGCCGGAUGCGAUCCCUAGCGAGAGGCAAUCGGAGUUCUUUGGCUGGGUCUAUCAUCUCGGUGUCAACUCCAUUGGCCAUGAGUACUGCCACCUUCGAUUCCUCGUUCUCAGGGGAAUAUACGUCGCAAUGUACAAGAGAGAUCCCAACGAGAACCCUGGCAUUAAACCUAUCAGGAAAGGUGUUAUUAGUCAUACACUUAUGGUGAAGGAGCUAGGACGUAAGAAGGUCAACUCUGGGGAACUUUAUGUUGUAAGGUUCUACAACCGGUUGGAUGAGACAAAGAAAGGUGAAAUUGCUUGCGCUACUGCUGGAGAAGCACGAAACUGGAAGGAAGCAUUUGACCAGGCCAAACAACAGGCUGUGAACGAUAUACCUACAGUGAGUCACCGACGUAACCUAAGUAUUGAUGGAGAGCUUAAUCUUGAAGGACACAGACGGAAAGUGAGGCGAUAUGCUCAUGAUCUAAAAAGGCUUAUAAAAAUAGGAAAAGGUCCGGAGAUGCUUCUUCAAAAGACUUUAGAUCUAGGAGGUGGUAUGAUGAUAAACAGACAUUCAGAAAUGGAUGAGGGUGAUGCAGUUGGAUCACAGGACUGGAGAUGUGUUCGCACUGUUAAUGGUAUUAGAAUUUUCGAAGAUGUGGCCAACUCAAAGGGUAGCAAAACUUUUCUUCUUAAGGCUGUUGCUGUUAUUGGUGCGAGUUUGGAUACUGUCUUUGAAGUUGUUUUGAGCUUAGAUGCACAGAAGAGACACGAGUGGGAUGCUUUGACAGGUGAACUGGAACUGCUGGAAUCAGUAGAUGGCCAUUAUGAUGUUGUUUAUGGGACAUAUGAACCGAAGAAUCUGACUUGGUGGAAGUCAAAGAAGGAUUUUGUUUUUUCUAGGCAAUGGUUUCAUGGGCAAGAUGGUUCAUAUACCAUUUUACUGUCUCCGGCUGUCCAUAAAAAACGGCCUCAUAGAUCUGGUUAUCAGAGGACAAAAGUUAACUCCUCAAUCUGGGAACUCAAACAGCUGAAUACGCCAGAGUCUUCAUCUUCAAAAUGCCUUGUGACACAGACAUUGGAAGUUAAUUCGAGUAUUUGGAAUAGAUUUAAGGGGGACAUUGGCUCCAAAUUUGAAAAGACCAUCCCUUAUGCUUUGUUGUGCCAAGUCGCAGGGUUAAAACAGUAUUUGGAAGCAAAUCCUUCCUUUGCAUCUGAUUCUCCCUCCACAUAUGUCCAUUCAAAUUACUCUGGUGCUUCGAUUGAUGAUGCUGAUUUUGAAGAUUAUGAUCUGAAUGAUGACUUCUAUGAUGCACUUGCUAAAGUUGACUCUCUGGAAGAUGAAGACAGUGAUGAUGACAACAACGAUGUUGAGAACAAGGCAGGAAGAGUGAAGCUGAAGAAUAUUGCAUGGGCCAUUGCGGGCUUGGGUCUAAAGAGAAGUGCAGGAGCACUAGAGCGUAGUGAACUAGAUAUGCAUAUUCCUUCUAUUUGCAUUGAUCCGAGUCAAGUUCGUAGUUCCCUGCAUCGAGCGAAUGGUGAAAAUGACACCAAUUGCUGGACUACACCAACUGGACGAGGUUUUAUGAUAAGAGGAAAGAACUAUUUGAAAGAUAACUGUAAGGUUGUGGGAGGAGAUCCUCUUUUAAAGCUUUUGGCAGUUGAUUUUUUCAAGGAUGAAAAUAACCUCGACAGUAUUGCACUGCAUCCAAAUUGUCUUGUUCAGAUAUUUAAUAGCGAAAGCAUGCGACAAAACCUUGACAGCCGGUUGCAGUUGGUAGGAAUACUAGGACUUUCUUUUACACAGUUUAAGCUCAUGAUACUACUGAGGCGCCUCUAAAUUCCACUGCACCAUGAAAGAUCAUAGAGAAAGUGGCAACUACAGGGAAGUGUAUUAACCUUUGACGCAUAAAAUAAAGCAACUAAACAUUUCACGUUUCUAUAGAUUUACAUCUGAUGGGUAGUGUAUUAAGCCAAAUGGACUCAUAUAAUGUGAAUAAAGGAGUGAUGAGAACAGUUAUACUGCUUUAGCUACUUUGUUAAAGUAAUUUCCACUCACCUAAAAUAACAUGAUCUUUUUUUUCCUUUUUUAGUUAUUAUUAAACAAACUUACUGUUGGUCCUUACUCAAAAAUGCACAAGGAGUGAAAACUAAUAUGCCCUUAUUAUCUACUACCUCAUCAGACUUGCACGUGUGACCCCGUUGUUUCUUGGGUAAAUGUCAAAUUGUUUUCAGGGUCAUACCUUACACUAAAAAGGCAGAUGGAGUAAAGUUUCAUACAUUCUAGUAGUCUUGUAUCAUGUCCAACUUUGUUUUAUGAACAGCCAUAGGAAGAAACAUGGAGAAAAAGAUUAAUAUAUCUAUGUUCUCAAUGCUAGAUUCCUAUGUUGCCAAAACUGUCUCUAUUUAAUCUUUUACUGUCUGUGGUCCAUUGCCAAUGACUCUUACCUGGUAAAGAAGGUCUUCACAUUUAGAAGCACAUAGCAUGACAUGAUCAUGUUUUUUAUACCUUCAAUUUUCAUAUUACAGUUUUACCUGAAUCAUAUGUUGCACUAAGCCU